AGCUCGAAAACGCUAUCAAACGCCGAGGUUUCUGGUCUCUCCGCGCCUAUAAACAGAAACGAGAACCCUAGCCCUCUUUCUUCCAUGAAACCCUGAAAAUCUUUUGCCGAUGAAAUCGCCCAUGGCGACGAGAGCCAUGAGCGGCUGCUCCCUCUUCCGCUCCUCCACCUGUUGUCCUCCCCUCUCCGCCUUCCUUUCCCGCCGUUACUUCCACCCUCGCCCUUCCACUCUCUGCGGAAGCCUUCGUUUGGGGCAUCCAACUCCAAGAUUUCGGUUGGAUGGCCUGGUCUUCCGGUGCGAUGCAAGUGGGCGGAGCCGCUUCGCCCACAGCCUCGUCGACUGCGUCAUGGAGGAGUUGGCAGAGAUUCGCGCCAGUAGGCGAAUUCGUGCAUCUAUCAAAAUGGGAUUACCCAGCAGUAAGGAGUUAUUUGAAGUGAAACUAGAAAAGCGAACCUUGCAGAAAGGACUGUUGCUCGAAUUUCGAAAAGAUUCCCAAAAAUUAUUGCUAGCAGUUGUGCAAAAACCUGAUGGGAAGAAAAAUUGGAUGGUGUAUGAUCAGAAUGGUACUCUAUCCUCUAUAAGGCCCCAGCAAGUUACAUAUGUGGUGCCUGGUAUCGAAGAUUUUGACCAUACAAAGAUUGCUGAUUUUGUUCAAAAUGCUCAGGAUCUCUUGGAUCCAUCAAUCUUGGAGUGUGCUUGGGUAGAGCUUUUGGAAAAUAACAAGUCAGUGACAGCUGAGGAACUAGCAGAGAUAAUAUACGGUAGCAGGGAUCCGCUUGAAAGCUACUGUGCCCAUCAUUUGUUGUCAAGAGAUGACAUAUAUUUUAACACGAUGGAGACAAAAGGAUUUUGUUCUGUUUAUGAGCCUCGACCUACUGUACAGGUGGAGGAACUUUUACACAGGAAGCUUGUCAAGGAAGUAUCUGAGAAGGAACUUGAAGAAUUUGUCCAGUUACUGAUAUCUGCAAAGGAAAUGCCUCCACGCUCUAAACCUUCUAAAAGUUCAUGGCUGAUAGAAGACAAGGUCAAAAGGAGGAUUGAGGCUCUUGAGGCAUAUGCUAUAGAUGCAUGCAGGAAUGAGGAACAAAAGAAAACAGCCGGAAAUAUACUCAAGGCAAUGGGACUAUCAAAAACAUCAUCUGCUGCAGUGAACCUCCUUAUAGAUAUUGGAUAUUUCCCUGUACAUGUCAGUCUUGAUCUCUUAAAGUUCAACAUCCACACUGACUAUAGCGAUGAAGUUUUAUCGGCUGCUGAAAAUCUUUUGAUGCUCUCUUCUGAUCCUGAUGAGAAUAACAGGAAAGAUCUAACCUUUUUGAAAGUCUAUGCAAUUGAUGUGGAGGCGGCUGACGAGCUUGAUGAUGCAUUAAGUGCAACUAGGCUGCCUGAUGGUCGGAUAAGAGUCUGGAUUCAUGUUGCUGAUCCUUCUUGCUUGGUUGAACCUCACAGCAUAGUCGACAGGGAAGCAAUGCGAAGAGGAACCUCGAUAUUUUUGCCUACUGCCACAUUUCCUAUGUUUCCGGAAAAGCUUGCUAUGGACGGUAUGAGUUUGCAACAAGGAAAACUUUGCAAAGCUGUCAGUGUAUCUGUCACGCUGCACGAAGAUGGCAGUAUUGCAGAAUACACCGUAGACAACUCAGUCAUUAGACCCACCUACAUGUUGACAUAUGAGAGUGCAUCUGAGUUGCUUCACUUGAACCUGGAGGAGGAGGCUGAAUUGAGGAUCCUAUCUGAGGCUGCUUCACUCCGAUCACAAUGGCGUCGCCACCAGGGUGCAAUAGACACAGCCAUGAUAGAACCACGCAUCAAGGUGACCAAUCCUGAUGAUCCUGAACCAUCUCUAAGUCUCUACGUCGAAGACCAAUCAGACCCUGCAAUGCGACUUGUCUCUGAAAUGAUGAUCCUCUGUGGGGAGGCUAUAGCCUCCUUUGGUUCCUGCAACAAUAUACCUUUGCCUUACAGAGGGCAACCCCAAUCAAAUAUUUCAGUUUCAGCUUUUGAUCAUCUUCCUGAAGGACCUGUCAGGAGUUCUGCUUAUGUUAGAAUAAUGCGUGCAGCAGAAAUGGAUUUUCGAAAUCCUAUACGCCAUGGAGUUCUGGGUGUUCCUGGUUAUGUACAGUUUACAUCUCCCAUACGCAGAUAUGUUGAUCUGCUAGCCCACUAUCAGGUGAAAGCUUUUCUUAGGGGAGAACCUAUACCAUUUUCAGCUGGUGAAUUGGAAGGAAUGGUGUGUAUUGUGAACAUGCAUGCUAGAGUAGCAAGGAGGCUCUACAGCAGCAGUCUAAGAUAUUGGUUGUUGGAGUAUUUGAGAAGACAGCCAAGGAAAAGAAAGUUCCAUGCAUUGAUCCUUCGGUUCAUCAAGGAUCGGAUGGCUGCCUUGCUUCUUACAGAGGUAGGGAUUCAAGCUUCUGCGAUAGUUUCAGUUGGAAAACAGGCUGGGGAUGAAAUAGUUGUUGUUGUUGAGGAAGCUCAUCCCCGUGAUGAUGUCCUCUCUAUUAAGGAAAUUUAAAGGAGUUUGGAGGGUCUUGUAGAUGAUGACAUUGCUGCAUUGUCCUUGAGCUUGCCCUGGUGUUAUCAUUGGAGGUUGAGAAAUUUGUGUAGUCCAUAAUGUUUUGCCCAACUGAUCCAGUUGAUGUGAAUGCUACUAACUUCAGUCAUGUCAAAUGAGCAAGAUAUCCAACAAGCACUUUGUGUGAAUCUUGCUCCAAACAAUGUCACUGAUGACUGUUCCAAAACUGAAGCUACACAGUUUAUAAGACUGCCACUUUUUCCGCCUUCAGAAUUUGCUGGAAGCUGCUGCCGAAGCUUUGGCAGUUUGGUGGUUGCGCUCCACUGACUUGAGCUCAUUUUCUGCAUCAGGGAAUAUACCAUCCUUUCAGUUUAAUUUGGUGGACAGCGACCGGUUACAGUAUCAUCUCUGAUGCAUGAUGUGCACCAGAAUGCUUGUGGAGCCACAUAUGAUAUGGGUGGGUGCAAAUUCUAUUGGUGACCUAUGACUGGCUUAAGAUGUUUUCUUCAACCAGUUGAAAGUAUGGACGGGAAAUGAAGAAACAUGUAUAUUACAUUUUUUGGUCAGUGAAAGUUCUGCCGUAUGUUUGUCCAUGUGUAUGUUCUAAGUUAUCAAAUUUCCACAGUUUUGGAUUGUUUUCUAAGCUGCAACUUGCAAUGUAAUCUGAGAUCAUUCAACUUUAUCAAUCUUUUUUUCUUUUGAUGA